AUGCUGUCAACCCUCCAGAGCUGCAAAAGAAUCUGUGCUUGAUCACUGCAGGGACUCCAACCAGAGCACGGCUCUGUCUCCAGGUUUGCUGUCAUGGCUGAUGUGUUCAGAGGUCUAAAGCUGCUUGAAACUCUCAAAGAAAUGAUAGAGAACAACAAGCUAUCAGAUGUCAAAGAUGCAGUGGAAGAUCUCCUCAUCAGCAGGAUAAAUGUGGCCAUAGUGGGCGACCGUGGGGAUGAAAAAGUGACUUUCAUAAACUCUUUACGUGGAUUGGGUCCAGGCGAUGAGGGUGCAGCUGUGUUUCCAUCUCCUGCUGCCUCAGAGGAAGUGGCAGGAUACCCUAGUCCAAAACAUCCUGACUUUCGCUUGUGGGAUCUGCCACCCGUCCCAUCCACCUCUCCGUUUGAGCCUGAGGAAUACAUGGACCGAGUUAAGUUCCUCCGCUACAAUGCAGUGCUCAUGACGUUCACACAGACACCACAAAGUAACAGUGUGGAGGUCUUCUUUGAGGCUCUUUCACUUCAGCGAAAAACAGUUUACUUUAUUCUGUUGGCAUCACAAAAAGAUACAGAAAAAACUCUGGAAGCCAAGAGAAAAGCCAGUCUAGACAUUCUGACAUCAGAGGGUGUGAAGCAGCCAAAAGUUUAUCUCGUAACACCCGCCACCCUGGAAAAGUUUGACUUCCCAAAGCUGUUGGAGGACAUGGGCAGGGAGCUGCCUGAGGUCCGAGCUCAUGCAUUACUCCUGGCUCUCCCAACUCUCACUCCCGCUCUGGUUACUCAGAAAAAGGAGGCCUUCAAAGCAUUAGUGUGGGCGGCUGCCUCGCUGUCUGGCGGGGUAUCAGCUAUCCCUGUUCCCCUGGUGGCUUCCAUGGUGGACACAAGUGUAGCAGUGCGGAUCCUGACCAAAGCACAAGCAUCCCUCUGCCUGGACAAUGAAUCAGUUGAGCGACUGGCACGACAGCGUGGCGUGGAACCCACCAGACUUAAAGACCUGCAGACUUGCGUCCUGUCAAUGGAGGUCAGCAAAGAGGAGGUGAAAAAGCGGCUGGCGGCUGCAGAAAAGGACCUGUCCACUGUUUCAUCCAAGUUGAUGGGGAUUGCCAUGCCGCGACAUGCCCGUUCUGCAAGCCGCUCUUUUGCUGCCAUGCUGCAGGCCUUAAAUGGUGCCAUUGAUGACAUGGCUGCAGAUGCUGAGAAGAUAAUGUCCACUGCUGUCAGCGAGGGGAAGUGAGAUAUCAUGCAGACGUCCUUCCAAUAGUUAAGAAAAUGAAUGUGUCACUCAAGUGGUUGGUGUUUAUGGCUCUAGUGCGAGGUAGGCAUCUUUUCGCCCCGUCAUUGUAACAAUAUUUACUUUUUCAAGCAUUUUGUAAGUGUUAAUUAACAGUCAUUUGUGUUUU